GUGACACCUUGGUCGUCGUGGACGUUUUUGUCUUCAUCCCAUUCUACCCUUACCAUUGUUCCCGACCUUGCCUGCCAACGCCACCAUGGGUUGGGUUAUGAACGCAUCGGCCGAGGUCGACGCCCAGUCUGAGUAUCCCAAGAUCAUCGCCAUCACCGUUCUCUUCAGCGUCGUCUCGGCAGCCGGCGUCAUCUGGCGUCUGUUCAUCCGGCGCAAGAGUCGUGGUCUCGCCCACGACGACUACAUGGCGGCUCUCUCCAUGGUGUUUGCGUUCGCAUAUUCCGCCCUAUGCAUCGCACAAACGCGCUACGGUCUCGGUCUUCCCCUGGCAGCGCGCCCUCAGGAGAACCUGAUCACGUACACCAAGCUCAACUUUGCCGGGCGGCCCAUCUACCAGCUGGGCGUCUCCUUUUUCAAAAUGGCGCUUCUCAUCUCUUACCUGCGUCUGCUACAGGGGACCUCGCAGUUUGCGUACCGGCUGGUCGUGUACACGACCAUUGCGCUCGUCUUCCUGGCGCACCUCGGCUGUGCAUUCUCCCUCAUCUUUGCCUGCACGCCGGUCGCCAAGUCCUGGCAGCCACUCAUGGAUGGGACAUGCCUCCCCCCAGGGCCCUCGUUCACGGCGUACGCGGUGGUGACAAUCGUCUCGGAUAUUGUCGUUGCCGUCCUGCCCGUACCCAUGCUUGUGGGCUUGAACAUCCAGAUGGCCAAAAAGGUUGGCUUGAUUGGCAUCUUCAUUCUGGGGCUGUUCACAACCAUGUGUUCUGUGUUUCGGUACCUCCAGAUCAACCGGAUUCAGUUUGGCGACGGUAACUCGACCAUGCUGAUCCUCUGGGGCGUCAUUGAGUUCAACGUCGGCAACCUCGUCUCCAGCCUGCCGUUCCUCGCACCCGUCUUCAUUCGCAAGGCCAAGGACUACCGCUCGCGCCCCUCUGCUGGCUCCUCGGACGGCUAUGGGCGGAAAUCUCGACGUCCCCGGACAGGUGAGGCGUACAAGCUCAGUGAGAGGAGCACCGGCACUUCGAAAAGUGUGUUCACGUCGACGACGUGCGAUGGCAAGACAAUGACCGCCAGUCAGGAGAAUAUUCUACCGCAGCCAGGGGCGAUCAUGAAGUCGGUGACCUAUACUGUCAAGGUCGACGAUGGAGGACAUGAUGAGUUUGGUGCACGUCAGUAAGGUGACAUGUAUGUAGGGGCUCCCGCGGUUGUGUGUAGUUGGCCGCAGCCACAAGUGAGGUAGACAAUGAAGUAAUUCAGAAACUGGUUUGGAAUGCCAUAAAGUCCUUCGUGCUGGGCUGCCUCGUGCUCGUGACGAGCUGGCGGGUCUGGGUGGGCCUGAGGGCUACGCAAUCGGGUUCUUUCUUAACACUUCUAAAGUUGUACUACGUACUACGUACUAGAAUCAAGCAGAAAAUAAUAAAUGCCACUUGGCAGUCAAGCUUGACGAGCGGCUUUG